AUGGGCCAGUACGGACCAGCAUGGGACAGCACGGGCCAGUAUGGACCAGUAUGGGCCAGUAUGGGCCAGUACGGGCCAGCAUGGGACAGCACGGGCCAGUAUGGGACAGUAGGGGCCAGUACGGGACAGUACGGGACAGUAGGGGACAGUACAGGCCAGUAUGGGCCAGUAUGGGCCAGUAUGGGCCAGUACGGGACAGUAGGGGACAGUACGGGCCAGUAUGGGCCAGUAUGGGCCAGUAUGGACCAGUAUGGGACAGCACGGGCCAGUAUGGACCAGUAUGGGCCAGUACGGGACAGUACGGGACAGUACGGGACAGUACGGGCCAGUAUGGGCCAGUAUGGGCCAGUAUGGGCCAGUAUGGGACAGCACGGGCCAGUAUGGACCAGUAUGGGCCAGUACGGGACAGUACGGGACAGUACGGGACAGUAUGGGCCAGUACGGGCCAGUAUGGGCCAGUAUGGGCCAGUAUGGACCAGUACGGGACAGUAUGGACCAGUACGGGACAGUAUGGGCCAGUACGGGACAGUACGGGACAGUAUGGGCCAGCGGGUGCUGGAGGCGGCGGCUCUCGCCAACCUCUCGGGCCACUUCUCCUGGGUGGGCUCCGACAGUUGGGGGGCCAAGAUGGGGCCGGUGGCGGGGCUGGAGGAGGCUGCGCACGGCGCCAUCACCAUCCUCCCCAAGCGCGCCUCCGUCCCCGGUUUCGACGAGUACUUCACCUCCCGCUCGCUGGAGAACAACCGCCGCAACCUCUGGUUCCACGAGUUCUGGGAGGACGAUUUCAACUGCCGCCUGCCCCACGGCGCGCCCCAUGGCGAGCCCCACGGCGGCCCCGGCGCCCCCAUCCGCAAGUGCACAGGCCGCGAGCGGAUUGGCCGCGACUCGCCCUAUGAGCAGGAGGGGAAGGUGCAGUUCGUCAUCGACGCCGUGUUGGCCAUGGCCCACGGCCUCCACAGCCUAUUGGACGAGGCGUGUCCGGGGGGCGGGCUCUGCCCCAGCAUGGACCCGCCCGACGGGCGCCGCCUCCUCGCCCACAUCCGCCGCGUCGCCUUCAACGGCAGCGCGGGGACGCCGGUGAGCUUCAACGAGAACGGGGACGCGCCGGGGCGCUACGACAUCUUCCAGUUCCAGGGGGGCAACGGCAGCGGCACCUACCGAGCCGUGGGGCAGUGGGUGCAGGGGCUGCACCUGCGGGCCGAGGAGAUGACGUGGGGCGCCGGCGCGCUGGCCCCGCCCCCCUCGGUGUGCAGCCUCCCCUGCGGCCCCGGCGAGCGCAAGAAACCGGUCAAAGGCGUCCCGUGCUGUUGGCACUGCGAGCUCUGCGGCGGCUACCACUACCGGGCCGACGUCUUCACCUGCCUGCCCUGCCCCGCCCACCUCCGCCCCACCCCCAACCGCACCGCCUGCCGCCCCACCCCCGUCCUGCGCCUCCGCUGGGGCGACCCGUGGGCCGCCGUCCCCUUGGCCUUGGCCACCGUCGGCUUGAUGGCCACCGCCUUCGUCUUGGCCACCUUCGUCAAACACCACGAGACGCCCAUCGUCAAGGCCUCGGGGCGGGAGUUAAGUUACGUCCUAUUGGCCGGGAUCGCGUUGGUUUACGCCAUCACCUUCCUCAUGGUGGCCGAGCCCGGCGUGGGCGUCUGCGCCCUGCGGCGGCUCUUCUUGGGCCUGGGGAUGAGCUUGACCUACGCCGCCCUCCUCACCAAGACCAAUCGGAUCUACAGGAUCUUCGAGCAGGGCAAGCGCUCAGUGACCCCGCCCCGUUUCAUCAGCCCCACCUCCCAGCUCCUCAUCACCUUCACCUUGAGCGGCCUCCAACUGGUGGCCGCCGCCCUUUGGCUCCUCCUCCGCCCCCCCCACGCCCUCGUCGACUACGAGAUGGGGCGGAGCCCCGACCCCGAGGACGCCCGCGGCGUCCUCCGCUGCGACAUGGCCGAGGGCGGCACCCUGGCCUGCCUCGCCUACGCGCUCUUCCUCAUGCUGACCUGCACCGUCUACGCCGUCAAGGCCCGCGGCGUCCCCGAGACCUUCAACGAGGCCAAGCCCAUCGGCUUCGCCAUGUACACCACGUGCGUCGUCUGGCUGGCCUUCGGCCCCAUCUUCUUCGGCGCCGCCCAGUCGGCCGAGAGGGUGCACGUGCAGACGGCGACGCUGACGGUCUCCAUGAGCCUCUCGGCCUCGGUGCCGCUCGCGCUGCUCUACGCGCCCAAGGUCUACGUCAUCCUGCGUCACCCCGAGCGCAACCAGCCGCGCCGCGCCCGCGCCGGCCCCGCCCCCUAGCGCCGCCCCCCCGCCCCCGG